ACUAAAAUCUUCUGUAAAGAUGAGGGUAGGAACUAAAGCGCGCGGGAGCGGUUUCGACCCGGACACUUUUGGGAGUAACGGAGCCGCAGAGACACGCGCGCGCGGAGGAUUAAAGAGGAAUAAAGUGCAGGAUGGACCCGGGUUCUGAAGGUACUGAAAGUCCGGCAGCAGUUCAGGAGAAAGGAGAAGCAGCGCUGAAAACACAGUUCAUCACGACUCGAGACAAGUUUCAUGAGUAUCUGGCGUCUGAAGGUCAGAAAGGUGAUGGAGAGGAACCUGCAGAAACCUGUACCGAGGAGGAGAACGGCUCUCUGGAGGAACCGUCCGCAGAACCCGAGCUGAAGAAGAGGAAAGCAGAAGAUGAGACGGAGAAGGAGGAGGGUAGAAAAGACAGGAAGAAGAUGAAAGGCCAGAACAAGUCCCGCCCCCACAUGAAGCCUCAUAGUUACGAGGACCGCCGGCUGUGUCCUUCCAUCAUUCAGGAGCGAGAUGAAAAGUGCUUCUACGGCGAUAAGUGUAAGUUCCUUCACGACGUGGCAGACUACUUGUCCACCAAACCGGCAGAUGUGGGCGAGAGAUGCUACCUGUACGACACCUUCGGCAGGUGCAUGUACGGAAUCACCUGCAGGUUCGCCGGCGCUCACACCGGACCCGAGUUCAAGAACCUGGUGAAGGAGCUUUGCAGUUCCCUGGACAAGAAAGAGACGGUCAGGAACAACCUGGACAAGGACCUCCAGAGACGACUGAGGAAGAGACAGGUGGACUUCAGUGGCGCUGAGGCGUACCUGAAAAGCAUCGGGGUGGGGAAGGGGAAAGGUGGAGGACAUGGGAAGAAGUCUGGAUCAGAGAACAGCGCUGAGACCCGGUGUGGGCAACAGGAGGAAACGUCUCCUGGCGAUCUGAAGACAGAGGAUGCUAAGGUACCCCUUGUGAAGACCAUUGGACCACUCACAGAUGCUGAUAUCAUCAAACUCCGCCCAUGUGAGAAGAAACAGGUACAGGUGGAUUUCAGAGACAAGCUGUACCUGGCUCCACUGACUACAUGUGGGAACCUGCCGUUUCGGCGAGUGUGUAAGCGGUUUGGAGCUGAUAUCACCUGUGGGGAGAUGGCCAUGUGUACCAACCUGCUGCAGGGUCAGGCCUCGGAGUGGGCACUGCUGAAGAGACACCACACCGAGGACCUGUUCGGAGUUCAGCUGGAGGGAUGCUUCCCCGACACCAUGACCAGAUGUGCCGAGCUGCUCAACCAGAACAUCGACGUGGACUUCGUGGACAUAAACUCCGGCUGCCCUAUAGACCUGGUGUACAAGAAGGGUGGAGGGUGUGGCCUGAUGACCAGAACCAGUAAGUUUGAGCAGAUCGUCAGAGGAAUGAACUCUGUUCUAGACGUUCCCCUGACGGUGAAGAUCCGGACCGGAGUUCAGCAGAACUGUAACGUCGCUCACAAACUGAUCCCUGAGCUGAAGAAGUGGGGCGUGUCCAUGAUCACACUGCACGGUCGUUCUCGGGAGCAGCGCUACACUAAACUGGCGGACUGGGAUUAUAUCGACUCCUGCUCCAAACUGGCCAGCCCUGUACCCUUGUUCGGUAAUGGAGAUAUUCUGUCGUAUGAAGAUGCUCUGAAAGCGAGGGAGACGGGAGUGUCGGGGAUAAUGUUGGCCAGGGGUGCUCUGAUAAAGCCGUGGAUCUUUACGGAGAUAAAGGAGAGGAGACACUGGGACAUUUCCUCCGGGGAGAGACUGGACAUCCUGAAGGACUUCACCCACUACGGCCUGGAGCACUGGGGCUCCGACACCCAGGGGCUGGAGAGAACCCGCACCUUCCUGCUGGAGUGGCUCUCCUUCACCUGCAGGUAUAUCCCGGUGGGUCUGCUGGAGCGAGUCCCGCAGAAGAUAAACGAGCGUCCUCCGUUUUACCUGGGCAGAGAUUACCUGGAGACGCUGAUGGCCAGUCAGCACGUAGGAGACUGGGUUAAGAUCAGUGAGAUGCUGCUUGGACCAGUGCCGAAAAACUUCAGCUUCCUCCCCAAACACAAAGCCAACGCCUACAAAUAACAGAGCAGGAGCUGGACCUGUGUGUGUGUGUGUGAGAGAGCUGAUUGGUGAAUAAAGAUCGACUCUUAAUAAAGUUAUUUAAAUGUA